AUGAAUAUUAUCGUUCAAUGUUCCUUUCUAAUCCUUUUAUUUGAUCUAAUAUCAAGUAAUCAAGAUGCAGUGACAUGUAGUUCAACAUUUAAAUUAAUCAAUCAACAAUCAAAUGAUAGACUUCAUUCACAUGACGUUAAAUAUGGUUCCGGCAGUGGACAACAAUCUGUCACUGGUACUCCAAAUGCAGAUGAUGUGAAUAGUUAUUGGCAAAUUGAUGGCAACGAUUGUGAACGAGGAACUCCAAUUAAAUGUGAUAGUACAGUACGAUUAAUUCAUGUGACGACAAAAAAAAAUUUACAUAGCCAUAAUUUUGCUUCACCAUUAUCACAUAAUCAAGAAGUAUCUGCUUAUGGUGAAGAUGGUGCUGGUGACGAAGGUGAUCAAUGGAGAGUUGUUUGUACAACUAGAAAUGAUUAUUGGUUGAGAAAAGAUGGUAUUCGAUUACAACAUGUUGCGACUGGAAAAUAUCUUCAUAUAACCGGUGAUACUUAUGGUCGACCCAUUCAUGGUCAAAAAGAAAUCUGUUGUUAUCAAUAUGCUAAUAGUCAAAAUAUCUGGAAAGUUGAUGCUGGUGUUUAUAUGCGUCCAUCAACUGAACCAUUGUCAUCAACUCGAGAUGAUCAGUCUAAUUCGCGUCCGCAAUCAUCAUCAAAUACUGAUCAUUUUGAUGAUGAACUUUAA